CCGCCCCCUCGCCCCCCGAGGAGUGCGCACGCGCCCGCCCCCAGCUUCGCGCCCAGAUCACCGCCUAGCCUGCUGGCGCAGCCGCCGUCUCGUCUGCCCGCCGACGAAGCAUGGGCGUCCAGGGCUUCCAAGAGUUCCUUGAGAAGCGCUGUCCCGGGGCCGUGGUGCCCGUGGACCUCCUCAAACUCGCGCGCACGGUCUCACGCCAGCAGCAGCAGCAUCAGCAUCGCCAGCUGCCACCUAUGGCAGCCCUAGCGCCCGGGGCUCCACGCGCCGCCAGGGGCUCCGCGCCUCUGCAACCGCCACUCCCGCCCGCUGCCUUGGGUGCCUACUCCGGGGGCGCGGGGCCGACUCGGCACCAUCACCCCGCUCACCACUUCCACCACCACGGGCCGGCGCACUCCGGGCUGCACCCGCCGCCGCUGCCGCCGCCCCCUCCGCUGCCCGGGGCCCGGGUGCUGGUGGACGCGGGCUCGGCGCUGCCGCGGCUUUAUGGCGGCUACCAGACGGAUUGGGUGUGUGGCGGCCAAUGGAACGCCAUGCUGGGCUACUUGUCAGCGCUGUGCCAGGCUUGUGCCUAUCCCGGCGGCGACGGCCUGGAGCUGGUGGUCAUGUUCCCCGGGGGCCUGGGCAAGGACCGGCUGGCCGAGUGGGGCCGUCGGUGCCAGGCCGAGCGGCAGACAGCGCAACUGAUCGUGGGACACGUGGGCAACAAGGGCACCCCUCCUCCACGGGCCUGGUUCCUGCCACCGGCCUGCCUGAGCCACUGCGUGAGGCUAGCACUCAUCCGCUUCCGGGUCAAGGUCUUUCAGAGCCUUGAAGACCACCAUUUGGAAGUGGUGGCUUUUUUCAGGGAAAAUGGCUUCCAUGGCCUUCUUGCCCAUGACUCCGAGUAUGCUCUCUACAAUAUUCCCUCUUACUACAGUUCCCAUGCUCUGAAGCUGAGCUGGAAUGGGAAGAACCUCACUACCAACCAGUUCCUGAUGCAGGAGGUAGCCAAGCAGCUGGGCCUGAAGCGGAUGAAUUUUCCCAUAUUUGCUGCGCUGCUAGGUAACCACAUUCUCCCAGAUGAGGACCUGGCCGCUUUUCACUGGAGCCUCUUGGGACCAGAACAUCCCCUUGCAUCACUUAAGGUCCGAGCUCAUCAGCUGGUUCUUCCUCCCUGUGAUGUGGUGAUCAAGGCUGUUUCCGAGUAUGUUAGUUCUAUCAAAGACCCUUCAAACCUGGAUGUGGUUGGGAAAGAUGUUUUCAAACAGUCUCAGUCCAGGACAGAAGAUAAAAUAGAGAGAUUCAAGAAAGCAGUUGAAUACUAUUCAAUCACAACCAAACUCUCUUCGCUGCCAGUAGUGGGUCCCUCUUCCUUUCUAGGUUUUCGGAAUAAUCGGCUUGGAAAUCCUCCCCUUCCACGAAAUCAGAUGGGCACUAUCUCUGCUGGAAAGCCUAUGUUUUCUCACCACGUGCCCCAGAAAAUGAAAUAUCCACCACCAUUCCCAGUGGGACCCAACUCCUCUCUUCUCUUCUCCUCCCAUGCUUUGGGGGAAUCCCAUGCUUUUUCUGAGGAUCCCAUGCUGCAGGACAGCCCCUUUGCCAAUUGGGCUGUCUCUUAUGACUCCUCUGCAUCCCAAUUUCCCAAUUACCUGACUUCCAAAGCCUCACCUCCUUUGGGACCAGACUCUUCCCACUCCUCUUCCUCUGAUGGUGAUGAACCAAAUGGAGCCAGCUCUGAUCACAUCACAGAAACACUUCAGCAGCAGCCUGGAUGGGAGGAUCCAAAUGGUGACAGAGGGUCCUGGGUACAGCCCAUUGAUGCUGGAGUUUCAGAUGCCAGCCUGGGUGAUGGUGAGCCCCACAUCCCAUCUCUGCUAUCUAUGUCUACGAGGAACCACAUGGACAUCACCAUUCCACCCUUACCUCCAGUAGCUCCAGAAGUCUUGCGGGUUGCCGAACAUAGACACCGAAGGGGUCUUAUGUACCCGUAUAUCUACCACAUCCUCACUAAGGGUGAGAUUAAGAUCCCUGUAUGUAUUGAGGAUGAGUGUAACAUGGAGCUGCCUCCAGCUGCUCUCCUGUUCCGGUCAGCUCGUCAAUAUGUAUACGGGGUCCUUUUCAGUCUGGCAGAGACACAGCGGAAAAUGGAACGCCUGGCCAUACGACGGCGGCUGCCUGUGGAAGUUCCUUCAGUGAUCCUUAAAGAGUGGUCUGCCUAUAAAGGGAAGUCUCCUCAAACCCCUGAGCUGGUGUCUGCACUGACAUUUCGGGAAUGGACUUGCCCAAACCUCAAGAAGCUCUGGCUAGGCAAAUCAGUUGAGGACAAGAACAGAAGGAUGAGGGCCUUCCUGGCCUGCAUGAAGUCAGACACACCCAGUAUGCUCAAUCCAGCUAAUGUCCCCACCCAUCUGCUACUCAUGUGCUGUGUACUCCGGUACAUGGUUCAAUGGCCUGGUGGCCGAAUCCUGCAUCGCCAUGAGUUAGACACCUUCCUUGCACAGGCAGUGUCUACCCAGCUUUAUGAACCAGAUCAACUUCAAGAACUCAAGAUUGAGAAACUGGAUGCCCGAGGUAUCCAGCUUGCUGCCCUCUUCAUGAGUGGAGUUGACACAGCUCUGUUUGCUAAUGAUGCCUGUGGCCAGCCAGUCCCUUGGGAGCACUGCUGCCCCUGGAUUUACUUUGAUGGCAAGCUGUUCCAGAGCAAGCUAAUUAAAGCAGGCCGAGAGCGAGUAUCCCUGGUUGAGCUGUGUGAUGGCCAGGCUGACCUGGCAACCAAAGUGGAAAAGAUGAGACAGAGUAUCCUUGAAGGAGUCAACAUGAACCAUCCACCGCCUUCUGCUCUACUUCCGUCACCUACUUUUGUGCCUCCCAUGGUGCCCUCUCUCUACCCUGUUUCACUUUAUUCCCGAGCCAUGGGCUCAAUGCCACCUCCUCUUCAAGGAAGGAGCCGAGGGUUUGCAGGUCUCCAUCCAAUCCCACCCCAAGGAGGAAAACUGGAGAUUGCCGGAAUGGUUGUGGGCCAGUGGGCUGGCAGCAGAUCCUCCAGGGGCCGAGGCUCCUUUGGCAUGCAAGUGGUUUCUGUCGGUGGGCCAGGAAAGGGGCAUGGAAAAGAACAAACUGGUAGAGGAUCCAAAGGACAUAAAAAAGGAAAUAAACAAAGCACUUCAGAUGGAGUUUCUAAAUCCUUGGAGCUUCAUCAAGGUCAGUCUCGCUCACAGGUAAAUGGAAACAAUGGCACAUUGAUCAAGGAAGAGAAGAGUGAUCAUCAUCUUCCAGCUCCAUCACAGUGUGCCUUAUCCAGAGACAGCAGCGUGUGUAAUAAUGGUAACCGCCACUUCCCUGUGAAGAAGGGGGAAAAGAGCCGCUUACGAGAGCAAAAGCUGGAAACUGUGGCACAACAGAAAGAAUAAUAAUGAG